CGCCGGCGCCGGCGUCCCUCACUGGGUCCCUAAGCUCAGGCGCUCAGGCUUCAGCCUCCGCUGCCCGGCCGGUACCUGUCUCCCACCGUCCACUCCCCGCCACUGGGUCCUUACAUCAUCCGGACUGUGCCGCUGCCAUGGGCCCGCGCCAGCCACGCUGCGGGGCCGGGAGCCGCUAAGGUGCGGUGCGAAGAUGGGCGAGGGCGGAGCAGGGCCCGAGCGCCAGCCCCAGCAGUCCGGGCGCCCCGCGCGCGCCCGCCCGCGUCGCCGCGGGGAUGCCCGCGCCCGCCGCCGCGCCCUGAGCGCCUUUGUCUGCUUUCCGCGCCUUUCGUAUCAUCCCUAGUUUAGCCGGCGCCGGAUCAUGGAGCUGUGCCAGCCGACCUCCCUGUCGGACCACGACCAGCCGGCGUCUGGGCCCCAGCGUGGGGUCAAGGGGCCGGUGGGGCCCGACGCUCCUCGCGGCUGGUCAGAUGAGCCCGAGGAACACGCCCAGCUUCAACGGUGGCCAGAGGGACCCAACCUGCCAAUCUGCUGGCCCGAAGAGGUAGAGGAGCCUCACGCUCCUAGUCGCUGGGCCAAAGAGCCCAACGCCCCUCGCUGCUCGUCCCAGGAGUCCGAUGAAUCCUGUCACUUGGCUAAGGAGCUGGAGGAAUCCGACUCCCCUCGCUGCUGGCCCCAGAAGCCAGACACACCGUGCCACUUGGCCAAAGAGCUAGAGGAACCCGACGUCCCUCGCUGCUGGCCCCAGGAGCCAGACGCAUUCUGUCACUUGCUCAAGGAGGUGGAGGAACCUGAUGCCCCUCGCUGCUGGCUUCAAGAGCCAGACGUGCCGUGCCACUUGGCCAAGGAGCUGGAGGACCUCGACGCCCCUCGCUGCUGGCCCCAGGAGCCCGACGAAUCCUGUCACUUGGCUAAAGAGCUGGAGGAACCCAACGCCCCUCGCUGCUGGCCCCAGGAGCCCGACGUGCCGAGUCUCUUGGCCAAAAAGUGGGAGGAAUCCGACGCACCGUGUUUGUUGGCGGAGGAGCUGGAAGAGCCUGAUGCCCCUCACAGCUGUCUUCAGGAGGCGGACGCAGGGUGCCUCUCGGCCAAGGAGCCAGAGGAACCUGACACCUCUCACCUGUGGCAGGGAGGACCCGAUGCACCGUGCCUCUUGGUCAAGGAACCAGAGGAGGCCGAUGCACUUCACUGUUGUUGGCCCGAGGAAUCCGAGGAGCCGGAUGCUCUCAACCCACGGUGCUUCUGGGCCAAUAAACCAGACGAGCCCGAUGCACCACGCUGUUGGUCAGAGGAGUCCCAGGUGCUGUGCCUCUGGCCGGAGGAGCAGAACACAACGCGGUGCUGGCAGGAAGAGCCCGAUGCACCCUGCUUCUGGCCCGAGGAUCGAGAGGAACCCAUAGUUUCGUGUCUCCAAUUUAAAGAGCCGGAGAAGCCCAAAGUUCGGAGCAGUUGGCCCGAGGAGCUGAAAGACUGCUGCCCUACGCGGGGUCUACCCCUAGAGCCCUUGCUCGCCGAUGGCGAGCUGCUGCAGGCAUGUCCCGGGCCACCCUCGGACCCAGGCCCAGCGUUGUCGCUGCCCAGCGAACCCGGGACAGCUCAGGAGGAGGGUGGACGCCUCAGGGCGGUAUUCGACGCCCUGGACAGGGAUGGGGAUGGCUUCGUCCGAAUCGAGGAUUUCAUCCAAUUCGCCACGGUCUAUGGGGCAGAGCAGGUGAAGGACUUAACUCAGUACCUGGACCCGAGUGGGCUUGGCGUAAUCAGCUUUGAAGAUUUCCACCAAGGGAUUGUAGCCAUCAGAAAUGGAGAUCCUGAUGGCCAGCUGUACCGUGUGGAGCCUGUCCAAGAUGAAGAGACCCCUGCCUGUGCCGAUGAGUUUGACGACUUUGUCACCUACGAGGCCAACGAGGUGACAGACAGUGCAUACAUGGGGUCCGAGAGCACCUACAGUGAGUGUGAGACCUUCACAGAUGAGGACACCAGCACCCUGGUGCACCCUGAGCUGCAGCCUGAAGGGGACGUCGACAGUGCUGGUGGCUCAGGGGUGCCCUCCGAGUGCCUGGACACCAUGGAGGAGCCUGACCAUGGUGCAUUGCUGCUGCUCCCGGGCAGAUCCCGCCCCCACAGCCAAGCUGUCGUCAUGGUGAUUGGCAGUGAGGAACAUUUUGAAGAUUUUGGUGAGGGCAGUGAGGCAGAGCUGUCCCCGGAGACCCUCUGUAAUGGGGAGCUGGACUGCGAAGACCCUGCUUUUCUCACGCCCAGCUCCAACCCUCUUGCCUCAAAGCUGUGCGACGUCCUCACUGACGAGGCCUUUGAGUUUUACUGUAGCCAGUGCCACAAACAGAUCAACCGCCUUGAGGAUCUGUCUGCCCGCCUGACCGAUCUUGAGAUGAAUAGCCCAGCCAAGCGGCUCUCCAGCAGGAAGGUGGCAAGGUAUCUGCACCAGUCGGGGACUCUGACUAUGGAGGCCCUGGAGGACCCUCCCCCAGAGCCUGUGGAGUGCCCAGAGGAGGACAUUGCAGACAAGGUCAUCUUUCUGGAGAGACGGGUGUCAGAGCUGGAGAAGGACAGUGCGGCUGCUGGCGAGCAGCAUGGCAGGCUGAGGCAAGAAAACCUCCAGCUGGUGCACAGAGCCAAUGCCUUGGAGGAGCAGCUGAAGGAGCAGGAGUUCCGAGCCCAGGAGCGGGUCCUGGAGGAAGGCAGGAAGCAGAAGGAGCUUCUGUGCAAGAUGGAGCGUGAGAGGAGCAUUGAGACGGAGAGCCUGCAGGCCAGGUUGCAGCAGCUGGAUGAGGAAAACAGUGAGCUGCGGUCCUGCACACCCUGUCUGAAGGCCAACAUCGAGCGCCUGGAGGAGGAGAAGCAGAAGAUGCUGGAUGAGAUUGAGGAGUUGACACAGCGGCUCAGUGAGGAACAGGAGAAUAAGAGGAAAAUGGGGGACAGGCUGAGCCAUGAGCGGCACCAAUUUCAGAGAGACAAGGAGGCAGCUCAGGAGCUGAUCGAGGACCUCCGCAAGCAGCUAGAACACCUACAGCUCCUCAGACUGGAGAUGGAGCAGCGACGGGGCCGCAGCAGCAGCCUGGGCCUGCAGGAGUACAACAGCCGUGCACGGGAGAGCGAGCUGGAGCAGGAGGUCCGCAGACUCAAACAGGACAACCGUAACCUGAAGGAGCAGAAUGACGAGCUGAAUGGACAGAUCAUCACCCUCAGCAUCCAGGGUGCCAGGAGCCUCUUCUCCACGUCCUUCUCGGAGUCCCUGGCCGCAGAGAUCAGCUCUGUCUCCCGGGAUGAGCUCAUGGAAGCAAUCCAGAAGCAGGAGGAGAUCAAUUUCCGCCUGCAGGACUACAUUGACAGGAUUAUUGUGGCCAUCCUAGAGACCAACCCAUCCAUCCUAGAGGUCAAGUAGUACAUCUUAGCCCAGUUUGGGCUGGUUAUAGACUCCACAGCACCCAGGAGUGGCCCUGUCUUGCCACAAAGAGCCACGAGCAGCAGGUCCUGCAGCUUACCAAGCCAGCCCAGGGUGUGUGGGCCCUCAUGCAGCUCAACUGGGAAAAUAAAGAAGGGCUGCGGAGGCAAUAAGAAGGAAGAAAGGGAAGUCCACAGAAGGCAGAGUGGGGCUGGCUCUCUGAACAUCAGGAAACCAGGGCCUCCCACCACAAGCCGGCCUCACCACCAACACCCAUGUCUGCUCAGCAGUAUGCAGAUAUGUGGGGAUAGUCUCUCAGGCUGGCAUGGAGAGAGAGAGAGAGAGAGAGAGAGAGAGAGAGAGAGAGAGAGAGAGAGAAUGAGAAUAUGAGUCCUCCCCUCAGUUGCUGCCUCUCGCUCCUGCUGACAUGGUGCCACCCAAGCUUGGCCAUUCCCACAUAGUCAGCAAGCUCUGGACCCAAAGUUGGACAAAGAAAUGGUAGUGUUGGAAAGACAGACAGGCAAAGAUGGCACAUGUGGGGUCUGCUUCCAGUCCAUAGGCCACCAAUUCUCCUUGCGCUGCUCAGGCCUUCUCUCACCAGAUGGGCUUCCAUUCACCUUCGGACCCAGGGCCUCCAAGCUACACAGCUGUUCUUUGGCCAGACCCUCACGACAGCAACUCAUCAACUCUGGCUCUUGUAGGGCUGGAGCAGCUGGUUGAUGUUGACUGGAACUCACUUCCUGGCCUGGUGAGCACGGUCAGCGCGACCCCAGUGCAGGUGCUGCUUCUCCUCAGGUGUGGCCUACCUUGGCUCCUGCACCCACGCCCUCCUCAGGCUGACUUUACUGCCUUGGGAGACGUUACGUUUCCCAGAGAAUAGUCUAGGCCUCUGGACCUUGUCUGCUUUUGACUUUAAAUCCCUAGGUGUCCCCAGGACUCAUUUUCGAGUGGAUAAUGGAGGAGGUUCUGCACUGACCCAGAGGCACAGGAAGGCUUGCUGUCUGCCCUGCACCACCCACAGAGCUGCAGCACCCACAGCAGCUAGGCCUGAGCCUGAGCACUAGCCGGGUCUGGGCACAGUGUCUGAGACCACACCAUAGGCUGCGUGUGUGUGAGUGUGUAUGUAUGGACGUGUGUGCGCAUGCAUGAGUGUGCACACAAGUGUGAGUGUAUGAAUGCUUGUGCCCACACAUGCUGCCCUGCAUCCCUUCACUGCCUAUCCCCCUGCCCCCACCUCACUUCUACACUACGGUUUAAGAUGUUGCCUCGUAUUGUACAUUUUGGGGAAAGCCUUGUGUGUAAAUCAGUGUAAACUUGAAGGAGAGAUUUUUUUCUAUCAUGUAGAGUAGGUAUUUUUUAUAGAUUGAAGGUUGAUCAAUUUUUUAAUACUUUCCAGAGAGAAAACUAUCUGUGUAUACAUAUGAAAUAUAUAUAUAUAUGUAUAAUAUAUCAAUAUUGGAGCCCCGCCUUUCUGUGCCCAGGUCCAGGCCCUGUGUAAGGGCUGGCAGCCUGUCUCUGCUGUCCAACCCUGCAGUGCUCACUUUAAACACAGGUCUCUAGGAGACCCUGGGAAACACACCAAUCACCCACUUGCUCACGGCAUUGCUUCAGCUCCCUGAGAAGUGGCUCUUCCUCCAGAGCAUGGCAGGCUGGGAGGCCAGCAGGACCCUGCCCCAUGUGUCAGCGAACACAGAUUAAAGCUGUUACCACACA